UUUUGUGGAUUAUGUUUACGUUUUUGGUUAUGUGGGUCGCGUUCCAUUAGUUUCGUCUGGAACUUCGAAGUUUGCAAACGCCGAUUUAAGUUUUCCGCGAAGAACGUAAAACAAAAAGCAUAAAUUAAGCACAUUCAACGCCUUUAUAGUGCAAGGCUUUUUCUGGUAUUUGAAGAGUGCCUCAUAGGAUUAUGUCGAUUAUGUCCGGCGACGCAACAGGCAUUAACGAGAGCAACAAUACAGCCAGCAUUUCGGAAGGCAGCAGCAAUAGUGCUGAGAUCAAGAAGCUCGACAGCCAGCCCACAAAUAAAGUCAUUUCGUUGGUAACAAGCGAGAGCGGAUAUAAAGAAGAAUCGAACGACAGUCAUUUGAAUCGUCUGCAGUUUCUACGAAACGAACUGAACUACAUCAGCGAAACGGACUGGAUGUACGAUAGCCUGGAAAAGAAGCAACAGCAAUAGGAAAAGUUUAGUGUAGAGAGCGAGCGAAUAGGGAACGCGCGAAAGGAGAAGUGUAAAGUAGAGGCAGCAA